AUGACCACAGGAGGCCCCAGCUUCCCCAGCGCUCCCACCUUCCUUAUGACUCCUACCACUUCUGGGACUUACACCCCGGCUGCUGACCCUGUGCCAGUUCUCAUCGCCCUGGCGUGCAUUUUUCUGCUGUUGGCCUCUUGCCUGCUCUUCAUGAUGCUGUGUAAGCCCGCUGCGCUGGAUCCUGGUCGUCAAGGGGCCCGGGAAUGCAUGCCGCAUCACCCGGUAAGCCCCAGUGAGCCCAGGCUCCGGCUCUGGAAGCGCCUGGGCUCCCUACGCCGUUCUCUGCACAGCUUCCGGCGAGGCAGGCCUGCUGUCCAGCAGUGUCCCUCGCCGCCGCUGGGCCUUGAUGACCACCGAGGUGACUGUGACUUCACUGAAGCCACCAAGAUGUGAUACAGUGCUCAU